AAAAUUUUAGUUGUCUCCGAGAUCUCAUUGUGCCUAGAAUAGAGUAUGUUCUUACAUAAAUGUUAAGUUAUAAAAUGUGGAAAUAUUCAAUCCUUGCGCCAUUGAUUUUUAUUUGUGCAAUAAACGCAUUGGCGUUGCAGCAAAUUAACAUCGGUGCAUUAUUCUACGAAAAUGAAUAUGACCUGGAGCGAACUUUUAUUGCAACUGUGGAUAGUAUUAACAAUGAGAAGAAAGACAACUUUAAAAUGUUGCCACUAAUAAGACGCUUAAGUGAAACAGACGGGAGCAUGCUACUACAACGCGAAGCUUGCAAUCUAAUCGACAACGGAGUGGUUGCUAUUUUCGGACCAAGUUCAAAAGCAGACAGCGACAUCAUUUCGCUCAUAUGCAACAAUACCGGCAUACCGCACAUCCAAUUCGAUUCUAGCAAUGAGGAGAUUUCCAAGGGAAAAUUUAAUCAUCAGAUGACGUUGAAUGUGUACCCGACGCAACUAAUGCUCUCUAAAGCCUACGCAGAUAUCGUACAAACGUUCGGUUGGAGAAAAUUUACAAUUGUGUACGACGGAGAUGAUAGACGAGCUCCAGCACGACUCCAAGAUCUAUUGCAACUUCGCGAUAUUCACAACGAUGUACUGCGUGUUCGAAUAUUCAAACGCGGAGAUGAUCAUCGAGUCAUGUGGAAAAGUAUUAAAGGUGAACGACGUAUUUUAUUGGACUGUCAGCCUGAUUUGUUAACUACUUUGUUAAAUUCUUCUAUUGAAUUCGGACUGACCGGACAAUUCAACAAAAUCUACAAACACGCACGUACCGAAAAUAUAUUUAAUUUUACUGAUAAUUUUCAAAUCGAAAUGACAACUGACGGAAGCCAUCGUGCGCCGCAAUUGUGUUUACUCUGACGGAUUUCACUGCGGGAACUGUUCAGCUGUUCACUUACCGCCACGCGCUUUAACGUCGUCCGCUGUAAUUGUGGGUAGAGCUUUACUCUUCCCCAAUCGAAUCAAAAUUUUUUAAUUUUUACGCAGAUGUUUUCAAAAAAAGUUUGAGUUCCCAAGAAAAACUCUAUUUUCAACGCCAAAAGACUGUAACCUUUAAAACAGAAGAAUUUUUUAAAAAUCUAAGUAUUUUACUAUACUAGCGGACCCGGCGAUCUACGUUCCGCCCAAAAUUAAUUUUUUUAUUGAAACGUUUUGGUCAUCGUACAGUUUCCUAAGUAAAAACACCAUCAGCUGAUUGCCGAAAAACGCCUACAGCUGAGAUCACCUGUUUUUUGGCAUUUGCUCUUAUAUUUUACAAUUUCUUUCAUUUCUAUUGCAAUUUCUUCCAUUUCUAUUACAACUUAUUCAAAAUAAACUAAUACAUUGAACCAAAACCACCAAUAUACUAACCAAAAACACACCUACAGCCUGCCAGAAAAACGGUAAGCAGAAGAGUUACUUGACUUGUGGAACUGUACGAUGGUGUUGGUUCAACAUUUUCACCAACAAUUCAAGUUCGCUAUUUCCAGUGGCACAUUUCCACUCAGCAGCAAAACUGUGCGUACGAUAAUCCAUUUCAAGCGUUGUUAACAUAAAUUACUAUG